GAACUAAAAAAUUUAUAAACUCACAGCAUCUAUAAAUUCUUGUUCCACGAAUCAAACCUACCCUUUUCUUUUUCUCCCUUUUUUUUUUCACUCCCAUUUCUUUGGACUCUGUUCUUUCAUUUUUCUUGAAACUUAGAACCAUAGAAUAAAAAUGGCAACUCACCAUAAUGCUAGGCACCACUUAAUAACAAUCUUCAUUGUAUUCUUCAUAAGUAUGGCUUCAUGUGGUUAUGGAGUUGGAGUUAACUGGGGAACAAUGGCAACUCACCAACUUCCUCCAAAUAAAGUGGUUAAAAUGCUUCAAGAAAAUGGUUUUGAUAAACUCAAGUUGUUUGAUGCUGAUGAAUGGCUUAUGGCAGCUUUGUUAGGGACUGAUAUUGAAGUUAUGUUAGCAAUUCCAAAUAAUAUGUUGGAAGAAAUAAGCAAGAAUCCUAAGGCUGCUGAUUCUUGGGUUUAUGAAAAUGUCACUAAUUAUUUGUACCCUGGUGGAUUAAAUAUCAAAUACAUAGCAGUUGGUAAUGAACCUUUCCUUAAGGAAUAUAAUGGAACCUAUCUAAUGUAUACUCUUCCAGCUCUUAAGAACAUACAAACAUCUCUCAACAAUGCAGGACAUGGUUCAAACAUAAAAGCAACAGUUCCAUUCAAUGCUGAUGUUUACUAUUCACCUGACACAAAUCAAGUUCCAUCAGCUGGUGAUUUCAGACCAGAAGUAAAAGACUUAACAAUCGAAAUAAUCCAUUUCUUAUACACAAACAACGCGCCUUUCACCGUCAACAUCUACCCCUUCCUAAGUCUCUAUGGAAACGAUCAUUUCCCUUUUGAUUUUGCGUUUUUCGACGGAAGUAACAAGCCGUUAUUGGAUGGUAAUUGGGUUUACACUAAUGUGUUUGAUGCAAACCUUGAUACACUUUUAUGGUCAUUAGAGAAAGCAGGGUACCCUGACAUGCAUGUUGUGAUUGGUGAAGUUGGUUGGCCAACUGAUGGAGACAUUAAUGCAAACACCUUGAAUGCAAAAAGGUUCAACAAUGGUUUACUUAAACAUGCUUUGAAUGGAAAUGGUACACCAAAAAGAAAGGGCAUAAUUGACAUUUAUCUAUUCAGUUUAAUUGAUGAGAAUGCUAAAAGUAUUGAUCCUGGCAACUUUGAGAGACAUUGGGGGAUUUUUGAGUUUGAUGGAAAACCUAAAUAUGAAUUGGAUUUAAGAGGGUUUCAAAGUGAUAAUAAAGGUCUUGUAGCUGUUGAAGGUGUGAAAUAUUUGGGAAAACAAUGGUGUAUAUUGGAUCCUGAUGUUACUGAUUUGCAUUAUUUGCCUGGUAGUAUUGAUUAUGCUUGUAGUUUAUCAGAUUGUACUGCAUUAGGGUUUGGUUCUUCAUGUAAUGGUUUAAGUCUUCAAGGGAAUGCAUCUUAUGCAUUUAAUAUGUAUUAUCAAGUGAAUAAUCAGAGGGAUUGGGAUUGUGAUUUCUCUGGUUUGGCUAUUUUAACAGAUGAUGAUCCAUCAGAAAAGGGUUGUCAAUUUCCUAUUAUGAUCUCUCAUGGUUCUUGUUUGUUGAGUUGUAAAGGGGUUUUGGCAAUUGCUCUGUAUAUUAUUUUUGUUGUAUUUUUAUUAUAGUUGAGAGAUUUAAUGAAGUCAUGAGCACUGAAAAUUGUUUGUGUCAUGGCUGAUUUGUAAUUAUAUAUUAUUUGGAAAUACAAUUAGAUUCAUGUUUGUUAAAAAAA